GUGCUAUUUAUCUGAUGAGGACAGUUUUGGUGGUCUGCCAGGUCUUUCAGGUGGUUGUUAGGAGUUGUCUGAGUAUCUUCUAAUCACUUUUUGAACUCCAGUUCCGCUUAUUUAUUUAAUAUGCCUUAUGCAUAGAUUAUCUUACAUUAAAUCCCCUCAGAAAUGUUUAUGGGAAAAAAUAAUCAGUUGUGCUUAAUGGCUGUUUUCACUGAAAAAUAAAUAAAUGAAGGAUGGGCUUUUGCACAGCGCUGUAAGUUGCACUCUUAUCUGCACUUGAAAGGCCCUACAUGAUGUUAUCUGAGCACAUUUAUGGACACCAGCAAAAGCCUUUUGAAAAAAAAUAAUAUUUGCUAGAUUUGAUUUUGUGUAGUUAGAGUAAAUCAACCCAUUAGUAAUGAACUGUCAUGUGAUGUUGACCCCCGAAUCAUAAACUCUGUUUUGUCUAUCUUGAUGUUUCUGUGUGCUUUGUAGCGAAGCAGCCGACGUGAGUCGCUUGUUCAUAAAACAGCUAAUGAAACAGAGCACAUCCCACUGGACAGCCGGCUGUGCUUGCUUACAUUUGGUUCAUGACUUAAAAAAACAAGUUCAGGAGUUAUUCCUGAUGAGUCUAAAGCUCUGUCACUGCUUGCUCCAGCCAAUGCCGUUGCAGGAUUGCUGCCAGGGGGCGGGCUUCUCCCCACACCCAAUCCAGUGCCAUCUAUUGGCGGUGUUCCUCUUGGCGGUCUUGGAGGGCCUGCCAUAGAUGCAAUGGCUGCUUUGGGCAUGCCUGGACCCAACAUGAACCCUCAGUCUUUGUCAGCAGAACAGCUGAUGAAGAUUAUGGCGUCAAUGGAUCCCAAGUUGAACCCUAUGGCUGCUGGUUUAAACCUGAAUCCUGGACUAAAAGCAGAUGCCUCAAACAAGGAGAUUGAGGAGGCCAUGAAGAGGGUGAGAGAGGCCCAGUCACUCAUCUCUGCUGCCAUCGAGCCUGGAAAUAAGAAAGAUGACAAAAGGAAGCAUUCACGAUCAAGGUCAAGGUCACGGAGGAGGAGAUCAAGGUCCCGCUCCAAAUACAGGCGCUCCAAGAGCCGAUCCCGGCGGAGGUCGCGCUCCAGGAGCAAGAGGAGGUCAAAGAGCCCCAGAAGGAGGAGAUCUCACUCCAAGGACAGGAGCAGACGUUCUAGGUCAAGGGAUCGAAGGAAAGAGGAUAAGGGGAGGAAGCGUUCCAAAACUCCGCCGAAAAGCUACAGCAGUGCCAGACGCUCCCGCAGCACCAGCCGCAGACGACACAGGAGGAGCCGCAGUAUGUCUCGCUCACCUAAGAAGUCCAGAUCUCCUAAGAGGAGGCUCUCUAGAACUCCUUCUCCCAGGAGGCAUAAGAAGGAGAAGAAGAAGGAUAAGGAGCGUGAUAGGGAUCGUGAGCGGGACAGGAGAGACGAUCGUGACCGAAACCGAGACAAGAGAGAACGUUCCACCAGCAAGAAGAGCAAAGACAAGGAGAAGGAUCGAGACAGGAAGUCCGACGGCGAGAAGAGCGAUGUUAAGGUGACGAGGGAUUAUGACGAAGAGGAGCAGGGCUAUGACAGCGAGCGAGAGGAAGACCGGGAGAGGAGUUCAGACGUGGCUUCGCCCCUGCAGGCGGCCGGACUGCAGGCCGACAGUGCCGACGACGCAGGGAGAGGAGAGUCGGACGGCCCGAGCGACGAGCAGCAAGACGAGGAUAUGGAUAUGAGCGACUGACCCCAGCAUAGGAAGAGUGGCCAUUAUUAACCAAGCUGAAAUCAGUUCCACAUUUUCUCUUGCAAUGUUUCUGGUCAGAGUUUGGGUUUGAGUGAAUGCUCUUAGUGGUAGACAAGGUCAAAGGCAUCUUUUACCAGAAUGUCCAGAGCGUUCCUCUCUUUACCCCCCUCUACAUCUCUCUCCAAACUACUGUACUCACCGGUGAAACUUAGUCUUAAUUACGUACAUUUCAACAUUUUAGAGUCUUUUCUCCUGUCUGAUUUGGAAUGGUGUUCUUCAUUAGUUAGAUAUGACACUUUCUCACACUAAAGGCGUCACUGAAUCAUUCGUGAGAUUUCUGGUUAUUUGCGUUGAAGAAGAAACUCUAAUGCUUCAUAUAAAAAUGCUCAAAGAAGUCAGGUUGUGUUUAAAGUCAUCUUUUUAUAAAUAAAAAUCAGGCCUCCUGUUUAAAACGACACUUUUUUGUCGUUUUAAGUCUGAGAAUGUGUGCGAAGGUGGUUUGGAGUAUCAUAGCAUCAACAUAGCCUUUUUGUGAUUUUAUUUAAAAAUCAUAAUUGGUAAUAAUGUUACUGGGCAACAAUGAUGUUUAAUGAGUUUUCUUUAGUUUGUUGCUGUUCACUCAAGUUUGUACAUCCAUCGUUCUCAUCCUCAUAGAUUGUAGAUUAUUUGGAGAAUGGUUAUCUGUGUUGUUUGCAAUAUGAUAUAUAAAUUGAAAAUAAAAUGUUAACUCUUAAAAUGCA